GACCUUUUGUCUUCUUUUAUUUCCCCUUCUUCAUCGGUGUGUGGUUUCUCACUAAGGUUUCAUAGUUAGAAAACAAUAUAAAACUUAAACUCUCCCUCUCCCUCUCCCUCUCCCUCUAGAAGAAACCCUAGAAAUCAAGACUACUUAAAACAAAAGCAGAAGAAACCGUAAUUCCAUGAUCAAUCCAAGAUAUGGAUGGAAGUUCUAGCUCUCACCAUCAUGAGAUCACCAUAGCAUCAAGCCAUAACCUAAUUAUCAACACAUCCACACUGAUGAACAGCACUGCUGCUAGUACUCCUACUACUUCUCUCGCAGCGGCUUCUGGAAGCUCAUCUUCUCCUUCCUCAUCAUCUCCUGGUUCCAGCAGCCGCUAUGAGAACCAAAAGCGGCGUGACUGGAACACCUUCGGACAAUACCUCAAGAACCAUCGCCCUCCGCUCUCUCUUUCUCGGUGCAGCGGGGCCCACGUUCUCGAAUUCCUCCGGUACCUUGACCAGUUCGGCAAGACCAAAGUCCACACCCCAAUCUGCCCCUUUUACGGCCAUCCAAACCCACCAGCUCCCUGCCCCUGCCCGCUUCGCCAGGCAUGGGGCAGCCUCGACGCCCUCAUCGGCCGCCUCCGUGCCGCCUUCGAAGAAAACGGAGGCAAGCCUGAAGCCAACCCCUUCGGUGCUCGAGCCGUGAGGCUCUACCUUCGUGAGGUUCGUGAUUUGCAGUCCAAAGCAAGAGGCAUCAGCUAUGAGAAGAAGAAGCGGAAGAGACCGCCGCUGCCUCAACAGUUGCCUCCACCGCCUCUGCCGCCGCCAGGUCAUCAUCUCCAUCAUCCCAGUCAACAAUAAGGCAAAGCUAGCUGUUAUCAUCAUCAACAACGGAAGUUAUGAGGGCCGGUAUUAUCUUAUUUAUUUUCUUGAUGCUUUUAAAAUUUAUGCGGUAUUUAAUUUUGGAUGUUGUCAAAUUAGGGUUUUAGUUAAUUUAUCAGUGGUUGUCGGUAGCCACUGCUAUGCUGACUAAAAAGACCUGUGUUUUCAUGAAUUAAUUCUGGCCUUCUUAUCUAUUUAUCGCUUUGAUUUGACUAA